UAGACUGGAAGAAUAUUACGAAUGUCGUCUUUUUAUACUAUAUCAUAAUGGUGAUUGGUGGUGUCUUCAUUUUUGUUAUGUGCUGUUGUUAAAAUAACAUAAACUCUAAAUUUAUUCGUAUGUGUUAAAGUAACAAUAUUCGACCUACAAAGUAUAAAAGCUUCCAUGGAACUGAAAAACUAUUCGAAAUUAUUAAUAUGCAAUAAUUAAUAUUUAUAUCAUAUGAUUAGGUGUGUCUUGUCAUAUACAAUUCGUUUCUCCUUAGGGGUUUGUUAUUUAUUAAGUUUGAAGAGACAGAUGGUUGUAAUUUCAACCCUUCAUAUUCACAGCUCUAUCCUUUUAACCUUUCUCAUCAAUAAUUUGGAAGAUCUUCUAAAGUUCUAACUUAAAGUAUUUAAUUCUGAUAAUUCAUCCUUUUUUCUGCAGCAAAAAUGCCAAUUCAUAAUUCAUAAUUGAAAAUAAAUCAGUUUUCUAAGGGAACAAAAAUAAUAUUUGCAUCCUUCUUAAUCAGGAACCGGAAAUUCCACUCUAAAUUGGAGAGUUACUGGAUAAUACGUACUCAUUCCGUUGCGGGAUUAUUUUUGUUAAUUUGAUGAAGGAAAAGGCCAUUUUUCUUAACUCUUUAUUAUAUAUUGUCAACUUGAUUUUAACCUUAAUGUGUAAAAAGUACGCAUAUUGUCUUUAUUGUGCGAAAAUUAAAAUUGCGAAAAUUUUUCACAAAACAUGAUUUUAAAUGUAUAAAAAAUCCCCAGGUGAUAAAAUGGUAUUUAAAGCAUUUGUUGAUUAUGUAAGUUUUUAUCGAUGACAUUCCGUAUACAAAAAUAAAAAUAUUAAACAUUUUUGUUUUUUUGUUAAAAUUAUGUUUUCAGAUCAUGUGAAGGCUAGGGUUGUAAUUAUUAUAAUAUUCCAGAGAUUACAAAAUGUCUCCCAAACCGGAUGUCCCGGAGAGAAUGCGCCAAUCUCCUGAUCCCAAACCAGAUACAGUUCUACCCCAAGAUAGAGGGGAUGUGGCAACAGAUGAGUCGGAUGGAAGUGAUGAAUUUCAAGGGACAGGGUACGAAUAUUAUCUCGUAGGACAGGAUGGAACUGUUAGACCUGACUCAGAGGAUGAAGAUGAGGAUGGAUUAUCUAGUUUAUCUAUACAGGAUCAAGUUCAAGCACUUGUAGCACAAGCACAGAGUGUACAGGAGAAUCUGUCCCCUGAUGUACAAAACCUAAUCAGUGAAUCCGUGUUCCGACAGACAGCUGAAGAAAGCUUUGAAAGAAUUCAAAUCUGGGCAGACACAGACAGAAACCCUGAUGGACAGACAGAUAGACAGAUAGAGAUGGAUGGAGAGAAGGUGGAGACGAUCAAAAAUAUUAUGUCGAGCUUUAGUUUGCCGAGUACAAGUAUUCCAUCAUGGAUAACACAGGACCUUGGAGCAGAUGAUCUCAUCAAAAAAGUUCAGACCCUCAAAAAAUAAAAAAGUUUUAAAAAAUUGAAAAUAUUUAUAAAAAUGUAAUUAUCAUAUAUGUAUGUAAACAAUAUGACAAGAGUUUAAACCUAAAAAUAAAUUUCUUAGUUUUUAA